GAGAUGAAGGUUCGAUUGUGAUAUUUGAGAGAUAUUUGUUAGUUGUAUGGAUGAGGGAGGUAUAGAGGGCUAUGGUCUGGGUGCAGGGGAAUGGGACCACACCGAACAUACCACGGAUUGGAUGGGCUAACAGUCCUGCGUUUGUGCUCUAAAGGCUCUAUGAAUCUAAAUUGAAACUUCUACACAUAAUCGACAUUUGUUGCAGACGGAUCGUAUCCAACAAUGUGUUUAUAUUUUAGACCAGCGUCUGCACUGCUCAGAGUGUUGUAGAGCAGGUACCACAGUGAGAUUUACUGAAUGCAACUGGAAAGGACCUGCGGUGAGAGGUUUAUUGAAAGAAAAGCCCACAACUGGAAGCAAACCACAACUGAAGACAAGGGAAAAGCAACAAGGAAACCAGCCCGAGGACUGAGAGAACCAUUUCGAGAGAACCCAUCUGAUUCGGAAUUUCCAUUGAUUCAGUCAGGAGAAAGUUUGCAAACACUAAUCACACCUGUCCUCAAAAUGGAUCAAAUUGCGAGCAGUGAAGGAGAGCCAGUGACGUCAACAUCGGGAAAGGACACGGCUCCGAGCUCAGCAAUCACCGAGCUCCUGGCAAACUGGGACGAUUCCCAGCUGCUGCAGUUGACGGAUAUCUACCGGGACAGGCUGGAGCAGGCGAUGGAAGGAGGGGUGCACGGAGUGAGCCUGGCGUUAACGGCCGAGAAUCAGUUCAGCGGAGAUGAACAUCGGAAAAUCUCUGAUCUCGCUGAUAAGGGAGAGCAGGCGGACAGUUCUAAACUCCUCCUGAGCCUGGUGAUGGAGAAAGGCUCCCGCGCCCGGAGGGUGAUGUGGGAAACCUUUGUGAAAAUGCGGACUGGUGUUCCAGAGUUGGACAAAAUGCUGAAGGAAAUACAGAUAUAUGGUUGUAAUCCCUCCCAUCCAUCAAACCCCGCUCAAGUUUUACUGAAGAUUCUCAGUGAGCUGAAAGUUGUAAUUUGCGUCGGGCGGUUCAGUUGUUGAGCCACGAGGAUCUGACCAGAAUUUACAACACGUACCCUUUAAGAGACACGAGACUGCAGAUCUGCCGUCUGAAACCAUUUUCCCGAGGAACUCAGUGAGCUGAGCAGCAUCUGUGAUGAUGGCAGGUGUGAAUUGUCUGUGUUUUGUGUCAAAAUGCUGACAGUCUCAACCUCCUGAACAGUUUUAUUGACAUUUUCUCCCCCAAUCACCCACCCACAGUGCACGUGCCAGUAAACAAAUGCACCUUGCAAUUUGAAUUAAUGAUGGUGGGAGGGGGAACUGUGAUUCCCCGACCACUUCCUCUGAGAGGAUGCCCACUAACCUUUUCUACAUCUCUAGACACCACAUCAAUAUCGGACUUUCAAAGUUCUUCCACAGGAACAAUGAUAGCCGUGGCAGUGGUGGGUGUUCGUCCAGUACGAGACAAUCGGAGAUCAGUAAACUACCAGGGAAAUACUCACCUUCGCAGCACAA